GUUUACAACGAAGGAAAAGGCAUGCACACGCACACGCUCACGCAAAUGAACGCACUGCAAUGCCAUGCAAUGCCAUGCGAUGGACUAAGCAUAAUCUAAGCACAUUUCGCCCGACUGACCGACACACACACACACACACACACAGACAGACAGAGAGACCCUGUAGCACAGUGGAUCAAUGAAUGUGUGAUUGCACCGCACAUUCGCUAACUCAUCAUCUCAUCAUACCGGAGCACUGAAAAAGAGGCGGCAAAAAGCCCUAUCUAUCUAUCUAUAUCUCCAAUCCAUCAACCAACCAACCAAUGGACUCACUCACGUCGACACGCCCUACCCCUCUGUCUCACCUCCCUCAAUACGCACAUCCAUCCAUCCAUCCAUCCACCAACCAACCCGGCCACCCCACCCCGUCCACCACUCACCCUCAGUCACGUCUCGGCAGCAGCCUGCCCCUCCCCCUUCAUCCAUGCCACCAACACCACAAUCAUCGCCCUGGUGUCCAAGCUUACCAUCUGAUCCCCAUCGCCCAGCUGAAUGCGAUCAGACCUGUCCCUCAGCCGAUUGGUCAUAUCCACCUUGAACGGCAGGAAGGUAGCGAUGGUGUUGCGCACAUACACGGCCAGGUGCAGCUUCUCGAUGGAUGCGGGGCUGAAGCGGUGCACCAGCUCGCCCGCGCCUUGUGCGACGCCGAAGAACCGCUCGAGCAGUGGGUGAGGGAGGGGGAAUCUGAGUGUGAUGGCCUGUGGCUGGCCGGUCUUCUUGUCGUGGUCGAUGGAGAUGUAUGUGUCCUGGUCGUCCUCGGCCAGUCGGUCAAAGGCCGAUGCCAGGGCGUCAGAGGGGUCGGUGACACCCGACGCGCGUGGUGUUGCAGCUAGGGGAAAGGGCUGUGCAGGCGCGUAGCCCCUGCACACAUGGACACACCACACCACACCAUACUGACUCAUCCGUUGGAUGGGUGAAUCGAUGCGUGCAUGCUUACAGGCGGAUGAGCUUGUCGACGAUGGUGCGGAGGGGCGCCAGGAGACCUAAAGCGGCCUUUUCGUCCUCUGCAUCCACACACACACACACAUGAACCAGGGCAUGCAAUGUCUGCGUGUGCCUGUGCAUACGCAUACCGGAAUCGCCGAGAGUGUCCAGAAGAUAGUUUGCGUAUGCGAUGCAGUAGCUGAGCUCAUCUUUGAGCCGAUGCCACUCGGUCCGCAGCCUGUGCUUCGGCACACCAGCCUCCCUCUCCAGACGCUCGGCACACAACUUGCUGCAUGGGCGGGCACAGAAACACUCAUAAGCUACCACAUUGCAGUGGUAGAGUGCCGCUUAGCCUACAUGAUGGCCUGGCUGUGCUGUUGGUCGCGUCGGUCCUUGAAUGCCCCGGGCACACGCCCCUGUUCGAUGUCCUUGAAGCCUGACACAGCCCACUUGUCGAAGUAAUCCAUCAAGCAAAGGUGCACGCAGUCGACUGCACACAGCAGACACAUGGACACGCACCGGACCGUGGGUGUCUGUCUGGACGCAACACUCAUGCCUGUCUGUCUGGCGUACGUACUUGGUAUGCCUUGCAGGGUUUUCCUGUGUCGCAGGUUCUGCACAAGCAGGAAUCGGUGCUCUCGCGUCUUCUUGUCGGCGAGGAACCCCAGCAGCAUCUCGUUGGCCUUGGUGCGGUCGGCAGGCAGUGCACCCGUCAUCAACUCCACCAUGCCGAUCUGCACACACAGCAGACAGAGCCCAGCAGCCCAGUCCCGAGGGAAUGUCUCCCUUCAUCCCUGCCUUUCUUCCCAUCUCACUCACCCGUAUGCCGACGUGUUUGCGUAUGGCCUUCUCGACAGCAAAUGCGAUGGCCUGCAGGCACUCUGCCGUCAUGUCUGCAUCUCCGCGCUUCCUCCGCAGCUUGAUGAUGACGGCCACGUGCAGGCAGUCGAUGCGUGGCGUGUCCUUGGACGUCCCCAGGUGCCGGUUGUCGCUCUCGUCGAGCGUCACCGCACACACGCCGGCCGCAGACACAGGAUCCUUCGACCAGGGCACUCGUAGGUCGACGUCCUUGACGGCCCUCACGAUGUCGCAGUGGUAGGCGAUGUGGCCGUUGCCGCCGUCGACGAGCUGGCGGGUGGAGCCGAGCAGGAAGAGCUGCCCGCCGUGCAUGAAGCCGAUGUCGGUGGUGCGGAGGUAGAUGGGGGCCGACUCGCACCCCGAAUGAUCGAUGAUGGCCUGUCCGAAGGCGACAUCGGUCUUGUGGUAUUCGUCGCGGUAGUAACCCAUGGCCAGACUAAGCACCAACAGACAACACACACACCACACGUGGCACGCACCAUACAUGCGGCCCGACCCCUGCCUGCUGCGAUGGCGCUGCGCUGCAUGGACUGACCUUCGGGAGUGGACGAAUAUGGGCCCGUGGCGUCCCUCCUGCACCUCUCGCAUGGUGGUUUGGUCGACGAUCUUGAUGCCGGCGCCCUCCAUGGGAAACCCACACGACACCAGGGUGUGCUGGCGGUCACUGACACUCACUUGGCUGUCACCGUCGGCCGACGACGACUCAGAACCUGCCGUGAAGGUGACCUCGCUGAUGGCCACCGGGCUGCCAGUGCUGCUGCUGGGGCUCUCCGCCGCUGAGACGCCGAUGUCCUCACGCAACUGACGCACGCAACACACACGGGGACACACCUGAUACAUGUGACUGGUCGUGUGGUGUCGUGUGUGUCGUGUCUUGUUUUGUGUGUUGUGCCCACCCUACCACGUGUAUGCGCCCCUCUUUGGCCAGCGCCAGCUUGUCGAUGGUCAGCACAGGCAGGGCGUGGCUGGGCCCACCAGCCUGACGCUUGCCUGUGACGAAGCCGAAACACUCGGGCACGCCAUACGACCGCACGAAACAACGCAUCGCCUGCACCAAGCAAAACACAACCAUGCAUGCCACCCACACACGCUGGUCAGUGUGUGCAUGUGCCGUACGUACCUUGACGAAGCUGUGGAUGUCAUCUAGCUGGUCUUCGCUGCGAAUGUUGGGAGGUGUCUGUCCCGCCCAGAGGCCCCCCUGCUCCAUGGGGAACAGGGGCGUCUCGACGCCUGUGUGGUCGGUGUCGUUGACGACAUUUAUGAGCCGCAUGUCGCUGAAGGCGAGGGUGCUGCCCACUGAGGCCGUUAUGCUCCCAGUCCGCACUUUGAGCCAAUCCUCCACGUAUGUCACACAACGGAGAGAGAGAGACCAGGGGGCGGGGAGAAGUCCCUGUGGCAGUGUCGUGUGCGUGUGUUCGUUUCUACGUACCAGUACUGGGACGUCGUGGAAUCUGAGCGGCGACACGGCAUACACCUGCCACAGACAGACAGAAAGAGAGAGACAAACACCACACACACACGUGCACAAACAUACAUACAUUGACGUGUCUGGUGUACGUCUGCUGACUGACCUUGAAGCCCAGGUAUAUGCCCGACAGCAUGAAGAAGAGUCCGUCACCGAAUGUCAGCGGCAGCGGGACCAAGACAGAGCAGCACCCCUGUGGCUCAGCUCGGUGCCGCACAUCGAAAUACCGCACUGCCUCAUCCAGUGUCUUGCCCUGGAAGGACAUCGGCGGGUGGGCCGCCUCCACCAUCUCCACUCUGCGCCGCAGAAUGGCCACCUUCGCAGCAUCGACUUGGACCACCGGAUCGCCCACAGACUCGCUUGCCAGCUGCUGCUGCAUCUGAGCGUUGUCACUCGCGAGCGUCUCCACGUCCACCAUCAGCCGCAUCCGCUGCAGCUCCGCACGGUUGUGCCACUCAGACAUGGACGCGAAGCCCAUCACGCCCUCCAGCAGCGACCGAUGAGAGAAGGUGGUGGCCUGCUUAGCCCCCGUCAGCUGCAUGAUGGCCGGGCUGUCCAGGUCCACACCCACCGCGGCCAGCUCUGGGCUGUAGCCUCCCGGUGCGCUGGGUCCCAGCCGAACUCCAGCAUCGAUGCACACCCACUCCACACCACUGGCCUCCACCUCUGCUAGGGUGCGUUUGGCCGUCUUGCUCUUGGCGUCAGUGGGUGGUGUCUUGAGGAACCACGCUUCUAAGAAGUCGGGGUAGAGGUGGUCAGUCAGAAUGACCUUGAGCUUGGCGAACUUGAUGUUCUCGGCCAUCUCGAUGAGGCCGUCGCCGUCCUGCGGGUCAACGGGAUCGAUGAUGACCGCGACAAGGCCCUUCGCCUACACACCACACACCACACACACAACCACCACCACAUCACACCAUCACACACACAGACAGGGACGGUCGCUCGUGGGGCAAGGGUGUGUGGUGGCUCGCUGACCAGGCAGGCGAGCAAGACGGGGAGGAAGUCGGGCCCAGGCGAGUAGAUGAGUCCCACACGGUCACCUGCCUGCAACUUGCGCCCGUCCAACGCCAAAGCCGCCCUCUUGAUCCGCUCCAGCAACUCACCAUACGACACCUCGUCGACCAGUUCGUCCGUGUCCGACGCCUUUUCUGUCGAGUCCGCCGAGUCAACGAUCCACGCGAGUGCCGUGCGGUCGGGGUGCCGUCUGCCCCAAUGGUCAGCCACGAUGGCAUAGAGGCUGCGUGGCCGUGUGGUGGUGUCGGUGUCGGUGUCGGUGGGUGGUUGGGACGAGUGAGACGGGCGCGAUGAGUGUGACGGUGUGGGGGCGGCGGUGGAGGGCUCACUCGUGAUGGCGGUCUUGCUCUUGGACUUGGGCAUCCUGUACGGGUGGGUGACGCACAGGGCCUCGUGUGAGUGGGCACAGGAAUGCCCGACACACUAUGACAGCACCAACCUGGACAACAGAAGGCAAAAGCGCACAGAAUGAGAGGCCAGCUGAACAUAAUUGCAUCGUGCAUCCGAACCAAGCUGUCCUGCGCCUUCCUUCGCACACGUCCCGCCUGCCUGUGUGUCGCCAGGUGCCCGGCCCAGCACCUCUGGUGAUCCGCCAAUCCUCCCGCUACGUCCGUCCAGCGUCGGCAGACCUCUCUGAUGCCUCGAUGGCGAUGGCGUAGUCCUUCACUGACUCGCGUGUCACGUGGAGACGUUCGCCUGCUGGGACAGGGGCGACCGAUGGAGAACCGAAGGGAAGGUGAAACCUUGCUGGCGACGAGUGGCGGAUCACCUGGGCUGCAGGAAGACGCCCAAGGGCGGAG